UAUCAACAUUUUAUACAUAUGCAGAUAUGCAAACAUACAUACAUAUUUCUAUAUAAUAGAGCUCCAUAUUAGUGUUAUGGGAUAACACUCUAAGAUAUCUUCAAGUAUAUGUGUAUUUAUGUAUGUACAUUGUAUAUACAAAAUUUAAAAAGAAGCUUUAAUAAUAAUAGGACAGAAUUAUUUUAGAAGUUCAAAACGGUUUUUAUUUUAUCCGAACAUAUAUUGGGUGCCAUUAUAUGUAUAUGACCCACAAAUAACUAAAAUAUCCUUCGCUCCGUGGACUUGUUCAUGUGUUCAUUCCAUCUGCUUUUCCUAAUCGCGGGUUUGAUAUACUUUUUCAUUAGGUUUUACUCUAUUAAACAAGUUCCAAGUCUAAUUAGGCAUUAAGUACUUGAGUCUUAUUCAUUUCAUAGGCACGUGUACUUUGUAUCUGUACGAAGAACUACAACUUUAAAGGGUUUUGUCGCAUUUUACAUAUUUUAUAGGCAAAAGAUUUGAGAAGAUAUGGUUAUAUAUAUACAUACAUGUAUAUUGGUUGGGAGAGCUACGUUUUUCGAGAACGACAAAAUUCCUCUUAUAUUGUUGUUGUUAUAAUGUAAACAAUAAUAAAUAAAUAUGUACUCUGGUCUGCAGAGAUUUUAUUACCAUAAAUAUGCCAUAAAAUCGCAUUUGGUUAUAUUUGUACUUACAGUUCAUGAAACUAUUAUUGCUUUUGAAAAAUUUGCUCUGGUUUAUUCUUAAAUAUUUAUUUUCAUUUUACCUAAAAUAAAAAUCCAAAAACUUGAAACAUAUAAACAAAUAUAAUUAUAAAGUCAGUUUUUAAUAUUAAUGAUAUAUCGAAAAAUCGAUUUCGAAAACAUAUGUAUGUACAUAUGUUAUAUUUGAAUAAGCCCCUCAUAAAUUCUUUAGACUUUUUCGAUUGUCAAAAUCGCUUUUUAGGGACCAUAAGUAAUCUGUUAUGAUUUGUCAGCAUAUUUUUCUCAAUUUGUUCAUAAUGUUUUAUGCUUACUUUUAAAAGCUUCAAUUUCCACAGCAGUUAUACUUUAAUAAAAUCUGAGGUCGUAUUUGAUGACUAUCAUCAAGCAUUUCAACUUUUCCAUACUAAGCUUCGGAAAUUUUCUACAAAUGUAAUUAAAACAAUAUCUAUCCACGUCCAACGCUUUGACAAAUUGCUUUAUCAUUCCUAACUUGAUAACGUAAUGAAUCAUUGAGAUCAUUUUGAGAGAAAAACUGUGGCCUAGAUGUUUCACUUCUAUUGGUUGUUAUUGUUGUUGUAGCGGCAGAAUUUUGCCGAGUUGGCAGUCUUUGGCCGUCGUGCGAACAGAGCUAUCAUACUUCCAUUGGUAGAUUAUAGCGAUUUCUGCGAAUUACCUUUUAAGUGCAAAGGAAGAUAAUCAUUGAGUACAUCAGGACGUUUUGUAGACUGUAAAUCUAGAAGCAUAAUUUUCGCCUAUUUUCGGAAGGAAUCUGAAAGUAAGGUUGUCGUUAUCUUUUCACUAUGUGAGAAAAGGGUGCAUAUACUUUGUAGUAGAACCCAAAUUAGGACUGGAAAAAUACUUUUUACACUACUAACAAGCUGAUAAUUGUUCAAAAUAUAACAUCAAAACCAGAAAAUGUUUCUUUUAUUGUGCUGUGAUAUCCUUGAAGCUUUGAGUACUCAUAACACGGAUGUUGUACAGUAAAUAUUAUUGGACAAAAAUGCGACAAAAGUCAGGAAGGAGAUGUUUCUGAGGUAAUAUUGAAUCGUGUUCUCAAGGGUUUACUAUUGAUGUUCCUCUUUCCGUAUACUAUUCUGUGUACCGAUAUAUAAAUUGAAAAAAUUGGUUUAUUGCUGUUUGUGCGAAGUUCCCACAGGUAAUGUUAAGGUGUUGCAGCAUUUCAGUUUCAUUUCUGCCAAAAAAAAUUGAAUUAUUCAUCAGUUUCCCACCCAAGCGUUGCUCAUUACAUAAACUUAAAAUGUAUGUGUGUCUUAACUAAUAUGAAAUUGCAUACAUAGGCCUCAUUAAUAUUCUGAGCUACAUUUGUUGUUUUGCGAGUCUUGCUGACGAGAUUACACGUUAUUGCAUCGAAAAAUUGUGUAAGUUACAUAUGUGAAUAUGUAAGUUUGCGGCUUUUCCAUUGUGUCGUGAAUGUAAAUAGCUGUAAAUUUCUCACAGCAUCGCGCAAUAUCUCCAAAAGAAGUAUAAUUGUGUAUUAAAAUUUGAAACACGUUUGCCUCUUUAAAAUGAUAUAAAUAUGUUUGUGUGUACCUAUCAUUGGCAGUAAUUUUCUAACAAUUUCUAUUCCGAAGUGACAGACUUCUGAAAAGAAGCAAAUAGUUAUGUUCUAAAUCAGCAUCCACUAAAAGCGAGUAAGAAAGAGUUUGCAUUAUCCGAUAAAAGCGAGUAAAAAAUAAUAAUUUAUAUAAAAUACUCCUACAAAAAUGCUUUAAGGCGCUGAUUUGUUCGUAGCAGUUUGUUUAUUUUGGCGACUGGUUUGACAGCUACCAAUGGGCUGGUACAACUGUGGGGUAUUCAUAAUUAUAUUUCAAUUUAGAUUGUCUAAAAAUACUGCCUUCAUUUCUUUCACAUCCUCAAUUAUAUUUAAAAACGCGUUUCAUCUGAUGUUAUAUCGGUGUUUAAGCAGCGGGAAUCACUGACGCAGUGAAUAUGAUUUUGUCUGGUGUCUGAGGAUACAUAUGUAUAUACAUAUGUUAUGUGCACUCAAGUAAGAACACAUUAUAUAUUACUAUAACUUAAGGACAACGUAUAUAUAUGUAUGUAUAAAUCAGUUGAUAUUUAUAUUUUCACGGAUUCUGCUCUCAACACUGUGGAAGGGAUCUACUCAUGCUGCAUAUACAAAUGUGCACAAUCUUAUUUAUGAGUAUAACUGCACAUACGCAGCUUCACACCAACGUGAAGAUGUAAUUGGAUCAUGCGCAAAAACUGAGUCUCUCUUCUCGUCGGUAAAUGGGGGGCCGUUCCCACUAUAUUGAGACUCUCUCUGAGUAUCAGUUUUUUACAUAUCCUCCUAUGUAUUAUGUAUAUAUAGUUACUAAUAAUCUUCAUUGUUUAUGCUAACGAUGAUAAAUUCCUAUUCCUGUCUCUUAUUUACAUACUAUAUGUACAUACAUUGUUAUAUAAAUUUUAGUGCUCCAAGCUCGAAGGGAUUGCGAACAUGAAUGAACAUAUCUUCAUAUCGAUAUUGAGCUUUAUAUCCUAUUUAAAAACGACCUCCCUUCAUAACAUAUAUGUACAUAUGUUACAUAUAUAUAUGUAUAUCUGUACAUAGCAUGUGCCGUGAGAGAUCCCGACCAUUCCCAUUUGAUACCUCAUCCAAAGCAAAGCGAAAUAGAAAAGAAAUCGACGGAAACUACAUUUAACUGGACUGAAUACAAGAGUAAAAAGAGAACACAGAUGAGUUUAAUUGAGGUCGAAAGUUUAAAAUAAUAACAAUUGUUGCAACCCCUGAAACUAAAAAGAAGCCUGAUGCUGCUAUAACCUUAGAAGGCAAAGCAAGGGUCCUUGCGCAUGUACCUACAUACAUAUGUAUACACAUAUAUGAGAGAACAUUAUAUUAUGUAUGUACAUACAUACAUACAUACAUAUGUAUAUGUAUAUUCGUAAUUAUAUCAAAGCAUAAGAGCUUACUGUUUUUAUAUCAUAUGUACUAUGCAUUGGUGAGUAUAUGAAAAUAUGGACCUGAUACAUACACAUGUACUUAGUUGAAUGAUAAGGUCACUGCAGUGAAUUUCUGCCAAAUCCAUCUAGACAGAAACACAGCAGUCUUACCAAUUAUAUAGUACAACGAUUUACUAAUCGGUCAUUAUACAACCAAUAGUUCUGUUCCAUAAUCGAAAUAGUUUUCGGAUUAUAACCGUACUUCCUUCCCUUGUAACGAUUUGAUACAAGAUGGCUUAAUAGCAGCCGGGGCCAAAAUUGAACGAUGGCACCGCCGUCACUUAGGUGAAAUCACAUAUCUCGGAACCUUCUCGACCAAUUUCAAACAAAUUCUGUAUGUAACAUUAUCCUGACGGUCCUAUAGACAUAUAUCUUUCCAAAAGACAUCUGGCACAUCAUGACGAAAUAUCUUACUAAUAAAUAAUGGCAACACUGUUUUGGAAUAUCGAAAAAGUUAAUAUGAAGCUGAUAAAUAUAUAAGGGUUAUUCUCUUGCUCUUGCAUAACCCGGUGCACGGUGCAAGAAUUGCAGAUUUACGACGGCACAACAACAAACACACGCAGAAAAAUAUUUGCAAGGGCUGUAAAAUAUGUCAGACCAAAACCCAUGUUUAUUUGCGUGCAAUGUCACGCAAAAAUAUAAUUGCAACCCUGUUGUAGUUAUCAUUUUACAUAAAGUCAUAUUUUGCCGUUAAAUUGUUGAGGAAGGUAAUUUUUAAUUAGAUUUUAUAAUUUCUAUUUAAAUUAUAAAGAUUUGUUACAGUUUUUUUUGUUAAAAAUGUAAGCAGAAGGUGCGCCAAUUCACAAUAGCCAUGAACAAUAGUCAUUUACAAUAAAUUUAACGAAUCAGCCGUUCAUAUAUCACUAGAUUCUGCAAUGGGUGCUCUCGAGCUCUUGCAUAUUUCGGUAUAGUAUUUUUGCAAUCUGCAAUCUUGCAAGAGCAAGAGAAUACCCCUAUAGUAUAAGAAAGACCAACUAUUGUAAAUUUGCAAGGUGUUUCCGAUGGUUGGUAUCAAUUCGAAAAUAUAGCUUAUAGAGCGAUAUACUUGUACUUCUGACUACAGUGGCCUUACUUGAUUACUACAAGAGAUACGUUUAAAAGCUGAUUUUGUAAUCGUUAGCGAAUUCCUUCAAUAAAUGCAUUUUUUGUGUUAAAGUAUUGUGUUGUAAAGUGUAAUUUAAACAAAAUUUUAUGUGUUUGUGUUUUACUUUUGCUAAAUUUAAACGCUUGUUUGUGAGGGGUUAUCUUGUGAGUGAGAAUUUGGCUACACUGGUUUUCGAACGUAAAUAUUUUUUACUUCUUUAUGUAUUUAUAUUCGUAAUUAGGGAUAACAUGUUUUUGCAAAUUGUUGUGAAUUACAUCUAAAGCUGAGUAUUAAUGAAUAAAUAAUAUUGAUCUUUGGUGUUUAGAAUAAUUUCGAUAGCCAUUGUUGGUGUAUUGUUAUUUCUGUAACGGAACAGACCAUGCCAAGUUUAAAUGCAUAAACAAAUAAUAAUUACUUGAUAAUUGUUGGAAAAAUACACCGAAUUAUUGAAUCACUGAAUGGCCGGCCUCUCUUAACCUCUUUGCAAUUCAACAUAGAAGAUGAAGAAGAAAAAAAGGUCUACUGAAGACGUUCCAACUCCAAAUUUUACAGAACGGAACAGUGGCUUCUAUGAACGCAAUUCCCGCAUAGCUGGAGAAAACGACACCUAUUUGCGUCGUUCAAACCGCCCGUCUAUUGGAAGCAACGGUGGUUAUCAAACGUCAAACAGCUUGGCAACGUCAAGUCCCACGGCGUCGAUACAGGAUAUAUCCCCUGUAGGCACUGUAACUUCUGCUGGUCCCGGUAUUAAUGCCAGUGGCACCUUAGAUAAUCGUAAUAGAACACGUGAUCGUUUAUACAAAAAUGGACCUUAUUUAUCUGCACAGUUAAACGAGAGAAGUUCGAACGGUGCCACCAUCAACAAUUACAACCGUGCACUGCCGUCGUCAUGGUACGACGCUGCUGCGACGAAUACGAACAGUCCUGGUGGCAGUGGCAAUGCCGUCGCCUCAACAGUAGGCAGCAACUGCAUCCACAACUUCUAUUCCACCUCAAAUUCAAUCACCACACCUGCCUCCUCCACCACAACGGCAAUUGCACGCUCGUUAACGUCACACCAGCGGAGCAAUUAUUACGGUACUGUGCCGGACAUAAGUCCAUCAACAUCGUCGCAGUCAGCAACAACUUCAGCGUCUAGUGCGUAUUGGAUGAAGAAUAAUACGAAUUUGAACAAAAUUGCUAAAUCAUCCGAAAUAGGCUCAGAGUCGUCUAAAAAUUUACUUACAGCAUCGACCAUGACGACGGAUAUGUCGGCGGGAAUGGGCAUGGGUGCACCAACAGCAACUUCGACAACAUCCUCGUUUACAAAUAAUAGUGGCAGUGGCGGUGGCGGUUGUAGUACAAUCAGUAGUAGUUAUAGCAGUAGUUUAAGCAGUAGCAGUAAUAUAAUACCGCCAAUGAAUGCGACAGGCAUUUCCACCACGCUAUCUUCACAGUCAACUGUUGGAAGUCACGCAAAUGGUAACAAUAAUAGUGGCGUUUUAAAUGUAGCAACAUCUUUUAUUGAAGCGGCUGCAGACGCUGAAAUUCAGCUCCUUAGAAAUAGAACUGGCAUCAAUAAUAACACCACCUCUUCCACAGCUCCAGAGUUAGCUGCUACGAGCAGCUGUACCACCACCUCUCCCCUCUCGACCACACAAAGCGCGCUUCAACAGCAUACAGCGCGAACACAUCGUUUGCAUGGACGGAGCACGACAUCUUCGAGCCGCUCGCACUCCCGUUCACCCAGUAGCUACAGCUCGUCACAUAGCUCCUCCUCAUCAAACACUUCAUCCCAUUCACACGCAUCAAGUCCAGUUAGAGGCAGUGAAUCUACUCCGUGCAGAUCUUCUGGCGGACUGACGAGCAAAUCGCGAAAUUUACAAUCAGCAGUUACGACCCCUCCUCAAGGUACUAGUGGAAUGGCGGGCAGUGGCACUGCCAGCAGUAACUCAAGCAACAGCAGUAGUAGCAGUGGCAAUAGUUCAUCCUGCAACACAGUCAAUCCCAUUGUUCAUUCCGAAGACAAUCGUCCGCUCGCUAUAUGUGUACGCAAUUUACCCGCACGUUCCUCAGACACAUCCUUAAAGGAUGGUCUUUUCCAUGAGUACAAAAAGCAUGGCAAAGUCACCUGGGUAAAGGUGGUCGGCCAAAAUUCGGAGCGCUAUGCCUUGGUAUGCUUCAAAAAACCAGAUGACGUGGAAAAAGCACUGGAAGUGUCACAAGAUAAGCUUUUCUUUGGUUGUAAAAUUGAAGUAGAACCUUACCAAGGUUAUGAUGUCGAAGAUAAUGAAUUUCGGCCGUACGAAGCCGAAUUAGAUGAGUAUCAUCCGAAAUCGACGCGUACCCUCUUCAUUGGCAAUUUAGAAAAAGAGGUAACGGUCAGUGAGUUACGGAGUCAUUUUGAUUGUUUCGGUGAAAUCAUCGAAGUCGAUAUCAAGAAACAAGGUACCCAAGCAUAUGCAUUCUGUCAAUAUUCGGAUAUAAUAUCUGUGGUUAAGGCAAUGCGUAAAAUGGAUGGCGAGCAUCUGGGAAGCAAUCGUAUUAAAUUGGGAUUUGGAAAGUCGAUGCCUACGAAUUGUGUAUGGAUAGAUGGAGUAACGGAGAAAAUCUCCGAGUCGUUACUUCAGUCCCAUUUCUCCCGUUAUGGUACCGUUACGAAAGUGAUUGUGGACCGAUUACGUCACUUAGCUCUGGUUUUAUACGACCAAAUACAAUACGCCCAGACCGCUGUAAAAGAGAUGCGCGGUGCAACAUUACGCGGCCGACGAUUGCAAGUGGAUUUUGCUUCACGCGAAUGUCAGGAUGCUUUCUAUGAUAAGCUGGAUAAGCAGAAUGCAGGGAAUCGAUUAAACAGAUACGACUCGCAAUCGCGUUCACGCGCAUCGUCGUUUAGCCGACAUCAGAACUCGAACGAUGGAUGUUCACCCAGUAAUACGCCUGGAAGUAGCAGCAGUUGCAGUGGUUCUAGCAUAAUAGCAAACUCUGCCGUGACUGCGCCAGUAUCAUCUAGUGUCACCGGUGUUAAUGCUGGAAAUAUAUCCACGACGUCAAAUAGCCCGUUGGUGACGCAGAGCAUACCCAUGUCUGGUGAUUCGACGCCAGCCCGCAGUCGUGGAUCUCGCAGUUCACGACAUACUGUUGACUACGACUACCUGGACAUGCGUCGAUUUCGUUCCUAUGACGAAUAUAGUCAGGGUUCGGGUGCCUCUCAUGAUGAGGAUGUCGCCCCACAUAGUGGGCAUUCGACAGGUGUUUGCGGUGGUUUGCGGUCCGACUCACCACUACUCUCCCGUUUGGGACCCAUUGUGAGCGGUAUCGGAGCUCAUACAGCAGCGAAUGCGAAUGAGAGGGUAAAUGAAACGCUUGAAGUGACGGUGAAUAGCGGCAGUGGUCGCCGUCGUUGUGAUAAAAGUCCUGCGAAACAAAAAGGUGAUAUAAGAAUUCUACAAAAAGAACGUUCCCAUCUUUUAGAGCAACUUGAGGAAUGCCCGUCCAGUGGUGAUGAAAGUAUAGUGAGUCCGCGAAAGCGCAUUAAAAUCGAUCAUCAUCAUUCCAUGACCACCAGCAGUGGAAUGUCUCAGUCGCAUGCGUCGGAGACAGGAAAUAUUGCUGGUGCUCAACAUAAAAGUAACCUAAGUUCCAACUGUGAUGCCACUGAAUAUGAUAUCACGGCAGCAGCCGGUCAACGAAAGAGCGAAGUGCGCCGCCUUUCAGAUUCUAAUAACCAGACCAGUCUCAAGUACCAUCAACAUCAGUAUCACACACAUUCACAAUCAAUGCAGCCAUAUCAGCAGCAACUGGUUCGCCGACCGUCCAUUGAUAUAACGGCAACGCUGGGAGCUGUUGGCAUAGGAUCCGUUUCUACGCGACAUGGAAGCGUGAGUAGUACUGGCUCUGGAAGUGAUCACCACCAUCAAGCAUCACUUCCUACCGCAAUUGCUUGUAAACGGCGACGAGUCACUGGUAGUAAUAGUAAUGGAAGCAGUAGUACGCUUAGUUCAUCUGCCUCAAACCUGCUGAGUGGUGUCGUAUCCAAUAGCAUUGGCUGUGGAAACGGUGGUGGUAGUGGCGUUGGGACAGUAAGUGAUGACUAUCAGCAACACAGUACACGAAGUCGUGGCCAUCCUUUACAUUCCCAUCACUCUCACGAUGCCAGUGGCGGAGAGAGUGCAGAAGGCUCACGUCCAGGCACUCCACUUUGUGAUGAACGCCCCGAAGUAUUGCCUAGCGAUCCACGGCGUCCGCCCCGUGAAUGUCGGCAUGAGCCAAUGAUAUUGCCACUUCCGAAAUUCGGUAUACAGUUUUUUCAUCAGCAUCGCAAUAGUCUGGCAGGACAAACAAUUUCGAACGCUACAAGCCACACCGGCAUCAAUGUAGGUGGCUACCAUCAUAGCAGUGGCGGAUUGCUUUCCUCUUCAUCUAUGGCAGGGUGCAGCAACAAUAUCAGCACGCACAUUUUGUCAAACACAAAUGUAAGCAGUAGUAGUCAUUCUAGUCAUAGUGCUCUGCCAACAACGACGACUGCAACAGCGUCAUCAGGUUCCUCUACUGUGCCGGGAUAUCCCUUACAUAGUCCAUCUAAUCGAUAUUCAUCACACUGGCGUCCGCAUCAGCAUCAACAUCAUCAUCAUCCGCAGCAUAGCCAUGGUCAUAGUCAUCCCGCACAUACGCACUAUAAUCAAACAUCAACUGAUGUGGUUGGAGCAUCGAUGGUCAGUCCUUUGCGACCACGAUCGCUCAGCUCGAAUUCCAGUGAUUCCGAUGCCCCAGGGCAAUUAAGUGGUAGCCCUUCUUUGGAGGAGCGCAUAAGAACGCUGGAUGAGAUGUAUGAACGGUGGUCUGGUGGCGGAGGAAAUAGUGGUAAUAGCGGUGGUAAUGGUCCUAAUGCUGCUCCGAAUGUAGUGAAACGUCAUGACUUUGUCAGUCAAGGUGGCCCAACUGCAUUUCGGCAUGCGCAUCGCAGUAGCGAACAUCAUAGUGGAGGCAGUACUUCAUCCCGAUAUAAGUUUCCUGAUAUCGAUGUGUGUGAUCUCAAGCCUUCGGAGAUUGUUAAAUCAGUGUUAGCAAAGAAAUCAAUAUUCGAUGAUGAUUUGCAACGAUUGAAGAAGAAUCAGUGGUACGAGCCGUCUUCAGACGCCACACAACUGGCGAAACACAUAAUUGGAGUUUGCACCUCGCCGGGCCUGCCUAAUUUGGCAGCCACGAAGACGCCCGUGGUUGGGUGCAGCUCUACAAACAGUGGAAACACAGCGUUAAACAAAUCAUCAGGUGUCUUGUUGCAGCGACUAAGCAGUCUUUCGCCUAUGAAUUCUCCACAGGCGUCGAUAUCUCCAUAUAACAGCCCAUCUCCAUCUCCAUCGGUGAGUAGUAGUAUGACGACAACCAUAUCUUCGUGCCCGAUCAAAGUCGGAACAACGACUGCGACAAGCUGCAUAAGUACUAUUUUAAGCACAACAAGUGCCAGCAGCAUUUCAACAGUUGCUUCCGCUAGCAGUUUGGCAGCUGCCAUGAAGGGGUUACAAUAUCCAUUUCCGAGUCAUCCACCUUUACCGAGUACGGCUGCUCCUCUGCCCGCUGCCCAGCCGGCUCCACCUACAGGUCCCGCUCCUUCAGACCCGCCACAACCGAAAUCAUCCCAAAUAGCGACAUCUGAUACAAGUAAUUUGGAUGUGAGUAACACGAGAGUGAAGACAAAUUCGAUUACUAAAAGUUUGAGUGUACCAUGGGCAGCACCUAAUAAUGAUAAUGUUGGGAAAAGCGAUAGCCGGAUUUUGACCAAAUCUGUUUCAGUACCCGGUAGUACAAAUGCUGGCACAAUUAAGUCCUUGAAUACGCACACGGCUAAUAACGAAGUGGCGUCUCAUGCUAUAAGCCGGAGCACCUCAUCAACAGCUGUUACUAAAACUAAUGAGGAAAUGUCCAAAGCCCCGAAGCAACUAUCGAAUAGUUUGACGGCGAUUUCGAAAAAGAACGAGCGCACAUCUCACAAGCACAAUCAUCGCAAUGAAAAUGAGAAACGUUCAGGGCGAAGUGAUCGCGUGUCGGAAAGGCGGAAAAACUCAACAAACUCUCAACAUUCAGGAGUUUCGACAUCUACACCAAGAGUUGAUGGAGAUUCAAGUGAAAAUGAAGCAAACGACAGUAAUAUUGCUGAAAAAGGUCAAAGGUUAGAAUGCGAUGAUAGGGAGCCUGAAAAGGACAGAGAAAAAGAGAAGUCACACAAAGAGCGUGAGAGAGCUCGUGAUAAGGAACGAGAGCGACAGGAACGUGAGAGGCGUGAACGAGAAAUCCGCAAACAAAAGGAAGAACAUGAAGCUCGAGAAAGAAAAGAGUGCGAAGAACGGGAGUUCAAAGAGGCUGAGGAUCGUCAACGUCGAGAGCUUGAAGAACGAGAGAAAGAACGUGUAUUACUUCGAGAACGGGAGCAAAAGCAACGUGAACGCGAACAACUUGAGCGGGAAGAACGUGAGCGAAAAGAACGUGAGGAAGGAUUGGAAAAUGAGCAGAAGGAAAGGGAAGAUCGUGAAUGUGAAUAUAAAUCGAAUGAUGAGCUAUCCGAAAGGCACGAACGAGGUAGAGAAGAUGCCGAUCAUAACGAUGUUGUGCGUGAAGAUCGAGAUAUUCAUAGAGAACAUUCGCGAAGAAAGCCAGAAUCGACAGAUAAGGUUGAUAAGGUAGAUGAGAACCGAUCACAUACGCUUAAUAAAAAUCAAACUGAAAGCGAUUUAGCACAGCAGAUGAAUGAUGCUGAUUUUCAAAAUAACAAAGAAAAUUCAAUUGAUGAACCAAAGAGUCCAGCAACCGUCGAAACUUCUAGUAAACAUCGUGGAAGAAAAUCGUCACAUAACUCUCCAAUACGCCUACCAAAACGUCGUCUUAGCUCACAAGAUAGUAAUCACGGUAAUAUAAGUAGUCACCCUUCCGUAAGUGAGGACCCAGUCAAACGUUUACGGAUUGAGACUCAAAACACAAAGUCAAAUGAGCGACAGCAUCAGAAAGAAACGACUUCUGGCUCUGAACACACGACCAAGCACUCAAGCAAUAAGCAUCAACAUCAACAUCAACGUACAUCAAGCCAGUCUACAACGGGUAAUGUUGGAACAUCGGAUUCCGUUGUGGUUUCCGGUGAAAAAUUGAAGAUUAAAGAACAUUCGAAUAAGCACAGAAGUAGCAAACAUCAUAGGCAUCAGUUACAACAACCUCAAGGCAACCCUAAAGACAUUAGUAAGGGUGAAUGCGAAGACAAUAAUAUUUCUGCAUCCACAGCGUCAACAUUUGCGACGGUCAUGCCGACAGUGAUAGUUCCGUCAACAGAUAAAGUAAAUCACCAUGAAAACAUUUCCGAUCAAGAGCUUGAUAGUCCAACAGUUCAUUACCUAAGCAGGAAUUCGCUUAAUUCGAGUGGUGACGAGGGCACGUCUCUUCAACAGUCGAGGUGUGUAGCAAGCGGUAGCCAACACAAGCAACGCGAUCACAGUGGUCAUCACGUGCGUCAUAAAAACAAGCGUGAUCAUCGUGAGAGAAAGCGUCCAUCAACUACAGAAUCUUUAGUGUCGGCAAUCAGCAACCACUUGACUGAUGAGGAACUUACUCACAACCCAAGUCGACGUACAUCCGUUGCGGGUUCGCAAAGCGGCGAAUUGACAAUACCUAUACAGAAAUGUAAACAGGAGAGCCGCAGAAGUUCGGAACGAAAAUCUUCUCGUUGUUCAGAUGAGGGUCUUACCUUGACACAGUCACAUUCUGCGCACCAUCGACAGGGUAAUAACAUGAAAGCAACCCCCUCACGGAGAGUUAUCAUGAGUUCGGGCGACUCCGACGAUUCAGACGAUCCAACAGAUGGUGGGAAGAAACACUCAAUUUUCGAUAUACCUGAUGAAGGACCCUAUGUUUCAAUGUAUGAUAAGGUAAAAGCUCGUUCCUGUAAAAACAUGCAAAAACACGAAGAAGAGAAAAAGAUCAAAGCUAAAUUUACGCAAUUGAAACAAUCACGUGCUAAACGAGAAGAAAAGAAACGCUCAACUAGUUAUGAAGGUGAUUCAGAUUCUGAUUUCGAGGAUCGCAAUCAACGCAGUGGCGGAAGCAGUUCUUACAAAUCACGCAAUCAAAAUAAUCUUACAUCUUCCUCGGAUGACGAUGAUGCUACAAAUAUGGCAACUCGACGUCGAAGCUCGCAAGCAUCUUCACAUCCUCAUCGCAUGUUCUCUGACUCGGACUCAACAACAACUGCUGAAGCAGAAGCACGACGUAACAAGAUACAUCAUAAAUUAAUGCGAUUGUGCGAUGAUGAUGGUGAUGACAGUUCCGGCGACGAAAUACACGCAAACGCGCGAAAGUCAAUGGCAUCAUCGCCAAGCAAACGAAGCUCUAGCAAAAGAAAUUCACAUUCAACACGCAUAGCAUCCGACUCCGAAUCUCAGUCACAACCAGCUGUAGAGAUAAAGAUCAAACAGGAGUUGACUGACGAGGAAGAUUGUGAUAAUAAAUACAAAAUGCAGAUAAAAUCAGAAAUUCUGCCAUCAGAAAUGACGACAGAAUCAGAUGAUGUUAAACCAAAAGAACCUUAUAUUAAAACAGAGGUCGAAUCGAACGCGGCGCCUAUUGAAAUUAAAAAGGAGUAUAAACAUUUUACGGGUAAUUCAGUGAUUGAGAAUCCUGAUUAUGAACUGACCUUGGAGCAUUUAUCAACUAAAUCGUCCUUGAAAGUUCAGCAAGAAUGUUCACCCGAGACCCGUAAGAAGCACAAAAAAAGCAAGAAACGUCAGAAGAAUAAUCUUCCGAUGCCAAAUGCUCCAACAACACACAGUAUUGUGGAGGCGAAAAAUGUUCUGGUUACCCUUACACCGGGCUCUUUUCAGAUGAUGAAUUUUAUGAGCACCCCAGAAAGUAAAGUAAAACCUUUAUUGUCACCGUCAUAUGAUCCAUUUGAUGAAUUGAAACGUGAAUGUUCGUCACUGUCCACAACAAUUACCCAUGCAAACAAUGGCGCAAAUGAAUUAUCCGUAUGCGAGAAGAAACGUCACAAGGAACGUAAGGAGAAAAAGCGGGAAAAAAUGCGUAAUAUGAGUGAUGGAGGGGGCAGUAUUGAUUCAGAUAAGUUGUCCAAAGAAGAGCGCCAUCGGUUGAAGAAGUCGAAAAAGUCGAAGAGCCUCGAUACCACGAGAAUGAUAAGUACUGAUGGUAGUACAGUGAAAGCAAAUUUAGCGGCUUCUAUCUUGACAGUACCGGUGGCUAUUACACAAUCAGUUCCAACAACUCCACUUGUUGCAUCACACACACAACCGAUGACACAGGCAGCCAAUCUUCCAAUGACAACAUCCAAGCGUGGUGAAAAGAUGGAAGAUAUUUUUGGCCCAAUAUCGGAUGAAGAGUCCCAGUUUACCGAUGCUGAGGGUAAAGAUUUGUCAUCGAACUUUUCGGUUGAUACAAAUUAUGGUGGACUUUUAACAUCGUCGAGCAACAUAACCGGACCGGUAGUUUCAGCAGCACUGAACCCGUACAAGCAGGAUCCACUUACACCAAAAUCACACACAGUUGAAGAGAAUGAGGAGAAUAAGCAGAAGGCACCUGCGUCUAUUGGAGAUGGUGGGGAGCAUACAGACCGAGAACGCCACAGGAAAGAAAAACGCGAAAGACGACGGAAAGAGCGUGAGAAAUCGCGUGAACAACAUGCUCUCUCAGCGUUGCAAUCACGAAAACAGCAUCACAUUGAUGAUGAGAACAGUGUUGACCUUGACGAGGCUGGUCGUGCUCUAGAAGCACAACUGAUGGAAGAUUCCGAUAACAAACCAACUGAAGAUGCCACACCCUCUACCGCUACAACUCACCGCAGUGAUAUGACUGAUGUAUUUCGCUUUUCUGAUGGUGAUGAAAAUUCUCUCGACUCGAAUAUACCGCGUAGAGACAAAUCAGAUGUCCAUGAAACUAAUGCUCCAAUCCACACUCAACCAUUGGGAGUCGCCACAAGCACAUCUGCUACAACGCUAGUACAUAUGAAAAACAAGGAGAAGAAGAAAAAGAAGAAACGGUCGAAAGAAGAAAGACAUCAUCAUCAACGACGCGAGUCUAGUGCUUCAGCGAGUUCUAACCAACAUCAUCCACAGCCACAAGAACCGCAGCAGCAGCUACCACCACAGACAGCUUCGUUGCAAUCACAGCAUUCCGUUAUGUCACCACCAUCAAAACUUUCUAUUGAUAUAUUGGCAGCAAAUGCAAAGCAAAUGCAAAAUUUAGAGAAUCAAAUGGAUAAAGAUCAGAGUGGGGAGAAUUCAACAGCUCUCACACAUUCGCCAAUCUGUAAACCGUCACCUAGUUUACCUUGUUUGACUGAUGACGACAUUGAUUUAGGUGUGCCAUCGAUUAUACAAUCAACACAAUCUACCAAUGACAUGCUGACCCUAUCACCUAUGCGCGAAAAGAAGCUGAUAAGUCCGAUACCUAAUACGCCUACCACAAACACUACUCCAUUUGUGAAUGAUAAGUCUCAAUCUAGCGCUUAUGAUCCAACUACUUCUCCAGUAAGUUCGCUGACGUCGGCGACAGCUGCCGCUUCGUCCACACCAACCACAACUACUGCGCCUGAUAUGACUAGUUUGGCGACUGCAUCUAUCGAAUCAAACUGUGCCACCUCUACCAUAAGCACACCAACUACAACAAAAAAGAAACCAGAAAUAUUUAUACCUGGUUUUGAUGGUAAUUUGGAUGAACAGAUAAGUGAGUCGGCUGUAAAAUCUAUAUCUGUGGAAUUUAAUUCCUCGAUAUUAGAUUCAAAUGCCGAUGAACCGAAAAUUCCAGUAGAGUCUCCUCCUGACCUUGCCCCAAAACAUAUGGACAAAACAGAAGACUCAAAGUCAAGAGUAACGAUCUCUCAGGAAGAGACAGAAAGUGCUGUGUCUGCAUUAUUGGGUGAAAGCUUUGGCAAUUCCUCUAAUAUUGAUUACUCGUUCCAAGAUGACCCACUUGAGGAUGAUUUAGCUGUGGUUGAUAGUGUCAAUGUCGACGCUUCUGAGCCAGAUGAAGAAGCCGCUAUUGCUGCGAAGGCUAUUGAGACAACUAUUGAACCUUUGCAACCAGAAGAAGAUGCCGAGGAAGUGAACAAGGCCGUGCAAAGUCUUAGUACCGAAGAGAUGGAUGUCAAAGUUGAUACACCGCAAUCCGAGCGUGGUCUUCAAAUCGAUACUGAUACAGAGGAGAACGCAGAUGAAGCUGAUAGUAGCGGAGCAAGUUUGAAAAUUGAUGAGUCCGCAACAUCCGGUGAUGUAUCAGACGAGUUAGCCGAUAAAGAAAAAAAAACAACAAGUCCAUUCCGUACAGAUGCCCAAGAAGACCAGAAUGAACCCUGCUCAGUCAUUACAAAAGUGGAAACAAGUUCUCAACCUGGCGAAAAAGCUGUCAAAGGGAACUUGGCUUCAACAAUCAAACUAGAACCCCCAACUAUAAGUAACUUGGUCCAACCGGCUGUACAGCCAGUGAAAUCUGUAUUGCCAUCUAUGAUCAGUCUACAGACAUCCACAUCUACGGUUGUCGAUGUAGUGCAAGAUAGGUCAAGAGCAGUUGUGGAAAACAAGACAGUCUCAAGCUCUAUUUCUUCCGCAACAACAACUUUUACCACGACUGUACAAUCAUCAGCAACCACUAAUAUUAGUUCGUUAUGCUCUCCUUCUAUAUCUGUGCAACAAGAGAAGAGACCGUUUGUUGUUACUACAUUGCCGAAUGCGCUUAUCACACCGCCCACCAUAAACAUUCCGGAACCCCCAGCUCAUUUCGCCAUACCACAUCUAUUGAUUUCCCCAAGGAAUGGUGGUAGUAGUGGUACAACGUCAACGCCGGGUGAACAUCAAGUUCUCCUCUCACCUAAAGCUCAACAGAAACAGCAAUCAACGCAAAUGCCAGGUCAUCCAAUGCCUACUUACACGAUCAACGUACGUUCGUCAUCUCCACUCAGCCCGCAGAAACAUAACCCGUCUAGAGGUAGUACACCUACGCGACAACUGAGCCCCACUUCUGUAACAAUUGCAUCACCAGUGCCAACAGUAAAAGUCCAACAACAGCCAUUGUUGUUGCACGUUAGCGGACAACGUUCAUCUUCAUUACAUCAACAACAACAGCAACUACAGUCGCAUGUGCUGCAGUAUUCGCCCAACGCAAGUUCACAAUCUCCCAAUGUGUCUGGGAGUCCUGUUGUUUCUGCUCAACAAUCAACUACGGGUGUUGGCAACAAUACCAAUAACAUCAAUACCGUACAUUCGCCACACCAAAUUCAGAAUAUAGACGGUAGUUGUGCAGCGGCAAGUAACAAGAAUCCCAGUUCGUCGCCAACUCCAAUUAGCGUGAAUGUGACAAACGCUCGCAAUCAGUCUUCGCAAUUAUCGUCCAAGCUAGCUAUUGAAUCUGCAGGUAUGCAGCCAUUGACUGUGCAGAAAGUGUCACAAUUGCCCGCUCAUCCCACCAUCAUUAGCAAAGUGGUGAGUGUGAAGCCCCAGCAGGCACAACAGUCGUUGAUGUCGCCACCACUACAGUCUGGACAGGCUAGCGCCAAGGCGGCCUAUAUGUCAACUCAUCAGCCGACAACUGCAAUUCAACAACAGCAGACCAUACAAUCACAACAGGCACAGCAACAGCGGAAUUCGCCGCAAAUUAUUCAGUCAAUGUCGAAAGCACCGAAUUAUCAGCAGCAUCCGCAACCACAAUCACAGUCGCAGCCAUCACCAAAGUAUGCGCAACAGCAACACAUAUUGCAACAGCAAAGACAGCAGAUACAGCAGCAGCAGCAGCAACAACGACAACAACACCAUCAGCAAAUGCAACAACAAAUAUUGCAGCAGCAGCAGCAGCAGCAACAACAACAACAACAACAACAGCAACAGCAAUUAAUACAAAUGCAAAAAUUGCAGCAUCAACAGCAACAACAACAAAAUAAGCACAUUCCAUCACAGGUAACUGUGCAGCAACAACAACAGCAACCGCGGCAGCGAGUUUUGCCUCCAAAUCACCAAAAUAUACAACAAAAUCAAACACAACAACAAUAUCAGCAGCAUCAACAAAUUCCCCUGAGUCGCCAAGCGGUAAGCCCUCCAAAUACCGCACCAACUCCCACGCAUCAAAAUUUGGUAAUAUUACGUUCACAACAGCCAGCCAUUUCUGGCCCAACAUCUGUGAGCAAUUUAUCACAAAAUGUAGUACCAUGCCCUGUGCAAAGCGCACAAAAACAGGAGCAACUGACGACAUCUGCGCCCGUGCAACAGCAAACACUAAAUCCAAUGAGUGUUGCUGGAAUGCAGUAUAUUCCUCAAUUGCAGCCCCCAAUUCCGCAGAACUCCAGCAAUUUACAGCAGUCGGCUCCACCUUCAUCUCCGUCUUCUCUAGAAACAGCCAAGCAGGCAGUAACUACAGCAAAUAUGUCGGUGCUUCAGUCAAAUGCACAAAAGAUGCCAUAUGCUGUUGAUAUUAAACCACCAGUAUCAGCUCCAACACCAAUAUCACCGUCGGCAUCUACAACGACAACAAAACAAAUUCAUACAAUCGAUCUGAAUAAACCAGCACAGAACCCUUUGUCGGCGGUAGCUCAUGAGAAGCCCGCGGAAAAGGUGGCAGAAAAUGUGUCUGUAAUCUGCAGUGUUGAAGGCAACGCAGGUGUUGAGAAAACAACAUUCAACACAGUUAGUCAGCAGAAACGAGAUCGUUCGAUGCCUGCGCUUAACGCCGACGAAGCUACCAUCUCUAUUGGUACUGUAAAAGCACUAGAUUCGGUUAUAAAGAAAGUUGAUGUGCCCGAAAAUAAAAAUAUACACAGCUUGCCCACCAUUCCUCAGCACACGGAAGUCGAUACGAAGCCCGACAAGCCAUCCGCUUCCAUGCCGAUUAAAAACCAACAAGCGGCGAAUAUAACUGAGGUAAACAGCAGUAUACGUUCAACGUCGGUUGCUGAUGAAGUUACCAAAACUGGUAAUCCAUCAAUGGGUCAAAGUGGAAUUAAUAAUGUUUCGACGGAACAUACGAAUCUAAUUUCUUCAGAUUUGGUAACUUCCAUUUCAGCAACCUCUGGCACAGAUCACGAAACUGAAGACGAAACCGAAACGAAGCAGUCAACUAUAAUGACUGAAGGACCUAUCGGCUUGGGUCGACUAGGUGUAAGCACACGCGGAGGUACUGCAAAACGCGGUCGUCAGCCACGGGGUGGAAAGAAGCAUGCCGGUGGUGCUGUAACUUCAGUUUUACCGUCUCAGUUGGUAGCUACCUCUAAUGAGAUAUCUGGAGUACAGACGCGAUUACGUAAACCAGCAACAGUAACGCCGGUAAUGCGUGGACGGAAAGGACGUCCACCACGUAACUUUUUGCUACAGCAACAGCAACAGCAACAACCUCCCCAGAUCCAUUUGGCUGGCGAAACAUUCGACACAGCUAGCACUGGUAAGAAAGCGCCUCCACAGCAACGUAACGCUGCGGCAAUAACAAGAACCCCUUCAGCUGUCGCUGGUGACUCGGAUGUUUACGAAUUCCAUGAUGAUUCUGGUGAAGAAUCGAAAGUUGCACAAGAUAACGCGCAUUCGGUGGGUAGUCCAAGCGGAAGUGAUGUUAGACCGCGUUUGAUUUUGACUAUCAAACCGGGCCAAAGUGCUCCAAUCGUAAAAGCCAGCGAGAAACCCAACUUGACUGUUGCGGAUGAUGUGUCUGCCACAACAAUGGCUUCAACACCGCUUCAACAGCAACCAUCAACCAUUAAAGUGACGCCAACAGUUCAAUCUGAGUCGAGAGAGAGCAGCAAAUGUAAAAGCCAAAUAUCUGCAACCGUACCUACGCCAUCUUCAACCGCGCAACUAACUCAAUUACCAGAUAUGCCCACUAUGGAAGUAAUCCAAGCUCCUCCUAUAUCCACAACUACAACCGGGACAAUGGCCCCGUCUGGAUCAGUAUCAAUAUCACAGAAAAUGGGACAUCCGCAGCCACUACAUGCAAUGCCUUCAUCAUCCGCAAAUUCAAUGGAUACAGGCAGCACCACAGCAGCGAACACUAGAAAAUCGCGGCGAUUACAAGAGAAAGACCGCUGUACCAUUGACGACGUCAUUGAGGAUGUAGUGCGAAAUACCAUAACCGCGGGGUUGUUGCAGAAAGGCGCACAAACUCCGCCCAGACGGUCUGGACGCAACGCAACGCACGUCGCUUCGAAAAAAGAUGCAGGUAUGGAAACACCGCCUUCGUCGCCAGCGAUGGUGCGUCCACGACGUUCAAAGGAUCGGAAAGAGAGCACAGAACACACCAACGCCUUGAAUGAUCUAUCUUCGAGUGAUACAGAUGAACAACACAAAAGGAUAAUCACAGCACCAUCGAAGCAGGAGGAAGAAGUAGUGUUGCCUGUCAGUACGAAUAGUGCAACAAAUACACCCAGUUCCGCGGCAUUACAAGUAACACUUGUAUCUGCAGCACCAACAGUAACUACAGCGCCGAUAUCGCAACAAUCUAUACCGCUACCCUCAAAAACAGUUACAUCCACGCAUAUACCUGCACAGACCAUAACCAUAACGCCUGGGGAAAAGCAGUCUCUGUCAAUGCCCCAACAACUACAUCACGUUAUGCCGCAGCAUCCGAAAAAGAAAGCACUCGCCGCAGCGGAGAUAGAGUCGUUCGUUGCCGCCAAUAGUGUUUCAAAAAGUAAUAAUCCAUCUACCACGUCAUUGUCCAGCAUUGACAUACCUGCAAGUCACUCAUCUGCUCCAACGACACAGAAAAGAAGUGGUGGAACCGCCGAAAUGGUAAGUAAAGCACUUGUCGACCCAGUAACGGGACUAAUCGGCGGCAAUUUGCAGCAUGGCAAGGAUGGCAACCUACCAGGGACAACAGCAGUAGCAGCAGCUGCCGCAACUUUGGCCACUAUGCAUAAAACGCCUUUGGACACGAAGAAAAUAGUACAGGCGGCUAUUGCGGCGGCUACAGCAGAGAACACUACGCAAUCAAGCGAUGUUCGCGGUACAGCCGCGUUGCUAACUAAAGCAGCGACCAGUACAAACAAUUUGCAAACAUCGCAAAUGGUUGCGCAAGCCGUUACGGUUUCUGCUUCCAAUACAGCUCCUCACAUUGCUUCCACAAAGUCGUUGCCAGUGGAAGGUUCUACCAAAGUGUUGACUACUCCCAUAUCCCUUUUGAACAAAUCUGCUGUGAGUGUGGUCGUAAAGACAACAACAACACCCGUUAUCAUAAAACAACAGAUUGUGCAACCCCAAACGAGUAUAAAACCCACGAUUCCGGUUAACAGCAAACAGUCAAUUGUUGUGCAGCAGAGUCCGGUGGUUAUGCACGCCCAGCCAUCAAAUGUUCGCCCGCCUACUUUAAAAGCACAUGUGCUUAACAGCCAGAAAACAUUGCAGCAGCACCAACAGCAACAGCACCAGCAACAACAUCAGCAGCAACAAUUGCCACAGUCACACCAUAUUGUGUCGCAGACGCAGCAACCAACGCCACCUGCAAUACAUCAACAGCAGGCGAAACAUAUUUUGGUAACCAAUUCGAAUCACUCGAUCGGAUCUAAUGUAAUAACGACCCGUCAUGCGGUGCAGCAGCAGCAGCAGCAGCAGCAUUCACUCCCGCCUCCGCAACAGCUGCUCGUAAAUAUUCCACCGCCGAACUCUCCGCAAGUGGCAACGAAUAUAAACUCACCACAGUUGCAUCAUCAGCAACAACAACAACAGCAUCAGCAACAACAACAACAGCCCUCCCAACAACCGGCUCAGCAGACGCUCGUAAUCAAGCAAGGCCAACCGACUAAUGCUGGUCAGCUGCCGUCCCAACAAACAGUCCAUGUUGUCAGCUUGAAGGAUCCGGUUGGUCCUCAAGUUGGGGAAGUUCCGUCAGGAGUACAGCACCAGCAGCAACAGGUAAUGCAAGGAGGUAAAACACCACAACAUGCAGGAACGUAUGCAACGUCCUUACCUCAACAACCACAGUCGCAACAGCAACAGCAGCAUCAACACCAACAACCUCAGAUAACUGUGCUAACACCACAGCAACAGCACCAGCUUAUUAAACAGCAUCAUCAACAACAACAACAGCAGCAACAACAACAGCAGCAGCAACAACAAACUGUGCUUCAACCACCUGUUAGUAUAUCUAUGGUCAGUCAACAGCAGCAGCAACAACAACAACAGCAAAGUCCUCACGUUCAGUUACCACAUGGCGUGACGGCAGUGCACCAUCAAGGUCGCAAUAAAAUGCAGUCUCAACAACAACAGCAACAAACAUCUCCGCUUGUGAUACAACCAAGUGGCAUUAUGGGUCUACAACACCCGACGAUGCUGCUGCAAACCAAACCACCAACACAUCUGCAAGCGCAGCAAGCCCAUCAGCAGUUGACGGCAUCGCCGCCCUUGCAAGCUGGUGCGAUUCCGGUUGUUAGUGGUGCUAAACCCACUAUCACCGCUAUGCAAACACUGCAAGCGCAGGGAGUGCAAAUAUUAGCCAGCAGUGUGACAAGCCCACCGCCAUCGACGCUUAAACAGACUACACCACAGCAACAACAGCAUCCGCACAAUAGUGCCAACGUACCAGGUGUUAGUAGCAUACGUACCAGCAUUCCAACGUUAAGUCCUCAGAGCCAAACUCGUGUUACGCCGCUACUUUUGCCGACUGGUAUGACCAUGCCGCCAUUUGAAUCAAACAUGCACGACAUUGGCACCUAUUGUACAAGUUCUUCUGGUUCGCGUGCAACAAAAAGUCCACCACCCGCGCACCAACAGGCUUCGCCCAUAACUCCGAGCGAAUCUAGUUUCCCUGUGGGUGGUAUACGAGGAGUACCAGCACGUGACUCGUUUAUCAUCUACCAGCACAUCUUAAGGAAUCAACAAGAAACAAUGAACGCAUCAAUACGUGGUGAAUUUGAUGACAAAAUGCUCGGUGGAAGCCCGCCACUGGAGCUGCGCCGGCCAGGUAGCGUGCCACGCACCGUUGCCGUGCCACAUGGCCUACAGAGUCCCCAAGAUCGUGCAACGGAUUCGCCGCAAGUAGCACAAGUGUAUGUACACAACACACGUCUGGCACACCCACAUUACACCGAUCGAUCAUUCUACGAGCCGGGCCGGCAACUGCCCAUCGAGCCACCGCCUGCUCAUCGACCAGUUGCAGCGCAUAGUGUGGUGGGUCCACCAAUGCCGGUAGCUGUACCUCCACCCGGCACCGGAACAACGGGCCCAUUCGUAGCUGCACCAACGGCACAGAUGUCAACGUCGACACCGAACGUUGGAGGUGGCAAUGUGAAUGUGCCUCCGCCAGCAACAGCAGUUGCACAUUUACACCCCGCUCAAUUGUUGGAGCAUGAACGGGAACAAAGGGAGCAACGCGAACGAGAAGUACAGCGUGAAAAGGAACGCAUAGCCAUGACAAACUCCAAUAUGGAUAACUUGCCAGGUGGACAGCAGACAACAGUGCAAGCGAGAAACAUGCAAGUAGCGACACCGCCUCACGCCAAUCCCCCUGUGGCCCAGCCACCAGCGGCCGACUCGCUACUGACGUUGCUGCAACGCUAUCCAGUCAUGUGGCAAGGACUUUUAGCACUAAAAACAGAUCAGGCUGCUGUACAAAUGCAUUUCGUAUUCGGAAACCCACUUGUGGCGCGCGCUUCGCUGCCCUGCAAUCGCGACGGCAGCACUCCACCACUGCGCAUAGCCCAGCGCAUGCGGCUGGAACAGACACAGUUAGAAGGUGUGGCCAAAAAGAUGCAGUACGAAAAUGAGCAUUGCAUGCUUUUGGCUCUACCUUGUGGACGUGAUCACGCCGAUGUCCUGCAGCAUUCGCGAAACUUGCAAACCGGUUUCAUUACCUACUUGCAGCAGAAAAUGGCUGCGGGUAUAGUGAAUAUUCCAGUACCGGGCAGUGAACAAGCGGCAUAUGUUGUGCAUAUAUUUCCAUCGUGCGACUUUGCCAACGAGAAUUUGGAGCGGGCUGCGCCUGAUUUGAAGAACCGAGUCGCAGAGAUUGCACAUUUGCUAAUAGUAAUCGCAACUGUCUAAACAGUCACUCACAGACAAGAAAGCCACACGUAGGCUUAAAUCAAGUGGCAUGUUCAACUGCCUUGCUUCAAAGAAUCAUACGAAGAAGGUCCGAGACAUUUGUGUUUUAAACACAAAAUCUCCGUAUCAAAUAUGACCAAAAGAAAUAAUUAAAAACAAAAUAUGCAAGUUUUACUAGCCGUAAAGACUCGCAAAAACUGAAUACAUACAUGCUCAUAUUGCGAAGGAAGAGUUUUCUGGCAGAAGCAGAUCGUUCACAAAAAUUCACGAGUGAAUGUGAAGAAUAAAGUGAAAAUAUUGCCAACAGAGAUGUAUGUAUUGGUUAAAAUGUAUCUAAAAAUCUUGUACAUACAAUAAGAAACGACAUGAAAAACUCACUAACGCCACUGACAAAUGCUCAAGCUGGCGCAAUAUCAACGCAUCCAACUUGACACACCAUAUAUUGAGAGCAAGCAAGCAAAUCCCAUAUAAUAUUACGGAAGUGCGUGCAAAUAUUCCAAAAGAGGUAUUCGCAAUUCACGCACUCAACUAAAAACACACACGCAAAAAUGAAGCAAAAAACGCCAAUAAUACAAAACAAAAGAAGUAUAUGAACUUGUUAAAAAUGUAUAGAAAAUUUAUUUUUAUGCUUUUAAGCAAAUUGUUAUAAGCUUUGUGAAUACCUCUUUAGUUUUUGUCUAAUUAAUUAUAUAUCAUACAAUUAUUUGUUUUUGACACCGCAAUAGUUUUACGGGUAAAAAUUUCCUUAGUGUUUUCGUAGUGCAGAAUUGAAAAAAGUAUGAAAUAAUUAUAAUAAUUUUAGUGCGAGUAAAACAUUAAACUAAUUUUAUGGAUAUCAACAAAGAAAUUCGUAAUUUAUAUAUUUGAUCUCAAACUAAAGGAAAGUUUUACAUCUUAGUUUAUGCUUUAUUUCCAACAACAAUAAUUAGCAGGCAAAGCAUAUGGAAAUUUCAUGUUCCCAUUUUUGUUUUUAAAUCACUUAAAACAGAAAUGAUUAUAAUAUGCCUUGUCUAUGUGUAUGUGUGCAUAACAAUCAAAAAGGGAAACAGCACAUGACCAUUUUUGAAAAUUCCAGUCCCAACUAGAAAGCGGAAUUGAUGGGCUUGAGUUUAUAAGAUUGUGUGCAAUUCCCUUGAGGAGGAGUGUGUAUAGUGAGGGGAUUGAAAAGGCACGCUUAUGAAUUCAAGCAAGCAUCAAAUAUAUGUUGGGAUCUGUUUAGUCGAAAGCUGACUCAAUGGAGAUACAAAAUUUCUCCACGACGUUCGCUAUUAGUAAACGCUUGAAUAUGUAUUUUCUAAGCAAGUUUCAGUCCGGAAUACACGAACUUGUUAUGUGCGAAUGUGUGUUUAUGUUUAUGAUUAAUUUACUAACAAUUAUGAGGUUCUGAGAAUGCCCUUAGAUGCUUGUUACAAUGUAAGUUCAAAUACCAAAAACAGAAAAACAUAAGGGAAACUAAAACUAAUACUGAAAGCUGCUUGUAGUCUUACAUACAUUCAUACAUAAUAUAAAUAUCGUUUAAGAAAUAAAAAUGCGCAAUUAUGCAACAGCUUAAAUUUACUUAAAGCUCCUUUGCAGACCUCCAAAGGUUCCAGUGAAUUACUUAGCUUUUACGCUCAUUGCAAAGUAAUGAAUUUAAAAUUUUCACUUGUGAGGUCUUUCGUUUUGUUAGCCGCAUUUCGUUGUCUUAUAAAUUGUUACUGAAAAGAAAAUUUAAAAAAAGUUCCCAUUUCACUAACUUUAUCUGAUUUCAUCACUGCCAUUUAUGAUAUACAAAUACAUUCGUUUAGGAUGCACAAUUAACUCUUGUAAGGCGCACAAUUUUGUUUGUUUGCCGUAACAGGUAAUCUUCUGUGCCUUGUGAAGAAUUCAUAGAGAGUCCUCCAACAGCAUGAAUAUAUCAUUAUGUAUAUAUUUGUAUAAUGGCGUUUUCCCGUUCUUGCUGUUGGAGUAGUUUCUACAAACCAAUGUGUGUUUUCAACCGGAUUCGACGUCUGUUUUGCUUCCCUUUUUGUAUUGUUGUCAGCUUGUUUGCAUAAAACGUUUUGUUUAUUAUUCAACUUUUUAGCUUUAUUUCACUUUUUGUUUGAUCUACAUAAUUGGAAAUCUAUCACGAGGAAAAAGUAAAAAAAAUGUACAUAUAUAAAAUUAAAUAAUAAUAUGUAGUAAUAAUAAUGAAAAGUAGCAAUAAGAAAAUCCUGUCGGGAUUCUAUAAUAUAACAUGUCUACCCUUUCCCACUUUUAUUAGUUGUAUCUUUGGUAAUGAAUAACGUUGUAAAAUAUUAAAAUAGAGUGUAAAUUAUCUACAUAUGAUAUAUACAAACAUACAUAUAUAUGUAUAUACAUAUAUGCGUUUAUAUGCAUACAUAUAAAUUAUUAGUAAUAUUAAGCGUUGAUGUAACUAAUUAUUUACGAGAUAAUAGUAGUAGUGUCUAUAAAAUAAAAUACACAUAAAUAAGUAUGUUAAAUUAAUGUACAGUUAUUAAUAAAAUUAGUUUUUAUUAUAGUGUUAGAACAAAUGAAAAUCAUUAAAUGCAAAGCACCCAAGUUGCGUUUGUCAAAUAAAUACAAAAAAGUUAAAAAAAAAAAAUGAAUUAAAUGAAAUAAAAAGGAUACUGUAAUAUCUAGUAGUAAUGAAUGAAGCGAGCUGUAGACGCGAAAACAAGUUAAUAAAGUUAGUGUAUAAUAUGAAAAGCAGAAUAUGUAUAUUUAUAAAUAUACAUAUAUACAUAUGAAUAUUAGAAUGGAAGUGCGUAAGUGAAAAGAUUUUGCACUCGCCCUAUUGCAUAAAAAAAGAUAAAUAUACAAAUAUAAUAUAUAAAUUAUAUACAUACUUGCAUAAAUAAUUUAAAAAUUACAAAUUAAAUAAGUUUCAAUAUUAUCAAUACAUACAUACGUUUUAAGUUGUAACAUGCAAAGUGUUUCUCUUUUUAAUUUUAUAAACAAAGAGACCACAAGGAAAUACAAUAAUAAAUUUUCUGUUAUUUUUUUCUUACAACAAAUUAAAUAAACAGUUUAUUGUUUGGUUUUGACAAGACGCGAGUAUCCACUUUUGAAAAUAUUAUAUUUUUACGGCGGCGUAGUGCGCUUUCACAGCUUUCUUCGGAAUGACUGACAUUUAUUUUAGAUUUCUCAGUCCUACUUCGUUCACGUAGCAAAAUAUCAUUUUUUGUUUAUAACCAGCUAAUCAUGUUCUUAGUUGAAAACAAAUGAAAUUCUAGACGUUUCCGUUUUCAUUAAAGAGUUUCACAGCGUUUUGAGAUUUUCUUUUGUUUAUUGCUUCUAGAAGUUUUCGUUAUCUGUCUGUCAUUCCUUUGCAGCUGGUUACGUCAGGAGUGGAAGGGCGGGCAAAAUUUAGCUGCACAAACUCCAUUGCAAAAACCCGAAAAAAAAUAAAUUAUGCAUUUGACAAAUGUCUGAUGUUCCCCAACGUCGGAUGAUCGCAUUCGCGUAAACAAGACUAGGAUUCCUAAGCAGUAGUACAGGCGGCAUGUGUAUGUAUGGGAGUUGAAUAAUAAUCGUAAUAGCAAAAUAAAUCUAAAAAUGAUUGUAUUAUAAUAGUUAUGACCAAUGCGAAAGAGAAAUAUUCCCUACUCAUUAAAUGAAGAAAAAUAGCAAAAUUUCAGACUAUAAGUGUAAUUGUUAAAAAGUUUAGAAACAUAUAUAGAAAAUACUUGAAAAGUGAAAAAAUACUUACGAAUAUAAUCACCAACCAACCACUUAACUGGUUCUAGUUUCGAACUGGAAGUAUCCAAAUGCAAUGAGAUAUACAUACAUACAUGAAAACAAAAAUACAAAAAGAUAUAGACAUAUGUAAAUAAGGCUCGCUGAGUUCCAUCGUCUUUAAAGUCGUUAAAUCCUAAAGCAUACAGACAUACAUACAUACAUAGAAUUUAUAUAAUUUCGAAUCGACUUUCAAUGCUGCAAAGAGAUAUACAAACAAUAUACUAUACAUAUAUGCAUAUACAACAUAUGCGUAUGUAUGUACAUUAAUAAAUGUAUGCACUGCUGUGCGUAUGAUCUACUACAAGUUGUAAAUUAUAUAAAAAAAUUUAUUAAACACCAUAAAGAUUAUACAAACAACCACACACACACACACACUAUGUAUAGAGGUAUUAGUAAAUAGGAGUUCUAAAAUCUUAAAUGAAGAAAAUGUAAUAAACCAAUGCAUAAGAAAAAAUUGAGAAAUUUAAUUGAGAUAAUUUCAAAGAAUGUAGGUGUUUUGUGUGUGAUGAGGAAAGAUGUAAAUAUUAUUAAUAAUUGUAUGGAUAUAUAUUAUAAUUAAAUUGACGUAAAAUUUAAUUGAAAUAAAUGAAAAGAAUAUUAAACAUUAAAUAA